CUCGUCCUUCGCUGCUGGUUUCGUGGUCCACAGUAAAGCGAAGAGUGGGCACAUCGUACAACGUCCCAUCCGAUAAAACAAAGUCACAGGCAGUUCGGAGCGUUUCUCCUCGAGUCCAUAGUCCUGAAGCGAGUUAUUGGGAAACGUACUCGACGAGCGAGAACCCAGCGUGGCGUGGUGGCAUUCCGGGCAAGCAGGUUUCCAAAACGGAACGGCUUACCGAUCCAUUGCGAAGUGAUUGCGUUUGGACCAAUGUGCAAAAGUGCGUGCGCUGGGCAGGUGUACAAGGCAGAAGCAGCACAACGGAGCAGUUUAGGCGCAUCGGCUCAGUCCGUAGUGUACACGUGAUAUAGCCGCCGUAAAGGAGAUUUGUCGACGUAAACAAAACGCGAGACGACUUUGCAGGAAGAAGAGAGGGAGCUGUAGUAUGAUUGGGCAGAUUCCUCUUUAUCAUUACUGCGGAUGGUGAUAGUCAGCAGUACGUGCUAGUCCGCUACAUCGUCCAUCGUUACAGCACACAUCUGAGGAGGAUUUCUUUAUCAAACGUGACCGUCGUUCGGGCACAACAGUACCCACCCUCCGGUAUCAUGACUUCACGCAAAGGACUACCGACUACGGCCAGCGACCUGGUUGGCGUCAUUAUCACAGCAUUUUUGCUCCUGCUCCAGGUGCCUCCCUAUGCGAGCCAAACCAUCACUCCAGAUUGCGAUGUGAGCAAGUGUCAACCGCUGUCCAACGUAUCGGAUCUCUCACUAGAACCCGGCCAGAGGAUUCGCCGUGAGCUGGACACCUGCUGCGAGGUAAUGCGGUUGUACUGCGAUGCCAGCGUAUGUCCACCGUUGUUCGAGUUUUGUGAUGCAGCCCGUACCAUCCGGCCCCGAACCGUACAGGGAAGCUGCUGUACACUGCAACGUUGUGAUAAUCACUGCGAGGUGUUUGGAAGCGAUGGAACGAACCCGGUGAGCCGGCUGGUCGGUGAGAAGUGGUUCACCAUGGUGAAUGAGACGACGUGCGUAAACUACGAAUGUUUGCGUAACGAGGCAAACGAAACAUUCAUCAACUCGAUCGCACUACAAUGUAACACCGUCUGUCCGGAGGGUUUCGCGGCACAGAUCAGUGACCAGCAUUGCUGCCCACAGUGUGUCCAAGCGCAGUGUAAAUUCGAUGAAAACUUCUACCGGGAAGGUCAAUCCUGGGAGAGUGCCGACGGCUGUCUAACCUAUCGGUGCACGAAAGAGAAUGGUUUCCUGUCGAUCAGCACGAGCCGCAGGCAGUGCCCCACGGUGGACGGUUGUCCGGAGCAGUACAUCGUGCAGAGUGGAUGUUGCAGAGUUUGCAACGUUACGACCACCACAACGGAGAGUAGCCAGCAGGAUAGUAAUGAUACGGAGCAGGGCGAGGAUCGGGAAGCGAUCGAUUACUUUAGCGAGCAAACGUACAGUGAUCAUCCCUGUCGACGGGCGUGCACUUUAGGCCGCAAACCGGAAACUUGCUACUAUCGGUUCCGCCUCGAGUGGUACCGGACGCUCAGCAAGGCGUGCUACAACUGUCCCUACAACAGCACGGACUGUGCUCGGCCACACUGCAUCACCGGUGAUGGUGUGCGGCGGAAUGUGGCCGUCAUUAAUCGGAUGAUGCCGGGCCCGGCGAUCGAUGUGUGCGAGAAUGAUAUCAUUGUGGUGGACGUCGAGAAUCAUCUGAUGGGUGAAAGCACCACGAUCCACUGGCAUGGGCUGCAUCAGCGUCGUACACCGUACAUGGAUGGUGUACCGCAUGUGUCGCAGUGUCCGAUUAGUCCGGGCACUACCUUCCGUUACACGUUCCUGGCCGAUAAUCCGGGAACACACUUCUGGCAUUCGCACACGGGUAUGCAGCGUGGUGAUGGUGCGUUCGGGGCACUCAUCAUACGGAAGGAUAACGAUAUCCAUGAGCUGCUGUACGAUCAGGACCUGCCGGAGCAUGUGAUUACGGUGCAGGAUUGGGGCCACGAGCAGGGCGUGUCACUGUUUGCCUCCCAUCAUCAUUCGACGGGCGACAACAAACCACCGAAUCUGCUGAUCAAUGGUCGGGGUAAAUAUUUCCAGAGAUUUUCCAAGGUGGCCCUUACGACUACGACCAGCGCCACGGUAGAGACGGAACCGACGACAACGGAUACCACAACGACAGCCGUUCCGGAGAGCGAAACGGAUGUGGACGAUGAGACCACUACCAUUGCAAGCGUGCCUGGCGUCGGUAAUGAUGGGGACGAUGCAGAGCUGCUACAGGCCAGUAGUGGUAAUGGGUUGCAGUUCGUUCCGAAACCGCCGACCGUGCUGCAUCGCCGUACGAAGCGACAGUCCCGGACGGUUAACUUCAAUGCGGUCAUAGCGCCCGAAUCGCGCCACAUUCCGCUGACGGUGUUUAACGUGGAGAAGGGACAGCGGUACCGGUUUCGGUUGAUCAAUGCCGAGUUCCUGAACUGCCCGGUUGAGCUGUCGAUCGAGAACCACAACCUGACGGUCAUCGCCUCGGAUGGUUUCGGUAUACAGCCGGUCGAGGAUUUGGGUUCGUUCGUAAGUUACGCCGGAGAGCGGUUCGAUUUCGUGGUCAAAACCAACCAACCGAUCGGUAACUAUCUGAUGCGCUUCCGUGGACUGAUGGACUGUGAUGAGCGGUUUACGUCGGCGUACCAGUUCGCGGUACUGCGCUAUCGGGGAGCCCCGGAAGACCAGGAGUACGAAUCGUGGCCCCCGUAUGACUACGAGGCCCCGGGCGUACAGCUGAACUCGCUGAACGCCGGUCCGGGAGCCGAGAACGUGAUCACGAUCGCGGAAACAAACUCGUUGCAGCAGGAGGACCUGCUGUUGCUACGCAACGAGACGGAUUACAAGUUCUACGUCUACUACGAUUUCUACGGCAAGGAUAAUCCACACUUCCAUGUGCCCAAUCUGUACGGUUUUCAGCAGGUCGUGAACAAUACUAACCGCCUGUACACGCCACAGUUGAACCACAUUUCGAUGCGUAUGCCCCCGAUACCGUUCAUGCCCGGGAAGGAUUUGCUGGAUGAGGCAAGCUUCUGCAACGAGACGACAGUGCGGGUAGGGGGGCGUGACUGUCGGAAUGAGUUCUGUGAGUGUAGUCACGUGCUGCAGAUACCGUUACAUUCGACCGUCGAGAUGGUGAUGAUCGACGAAGGAUAUACGUUCGAUGCUAACCAUCCGUUCCACCUGCAUGGCCACGCGUUCCGUGUGGUGGGUAUGGAUCGGGUGGGACGUAACACGACGAUCGAGGACAUUCGUCGGAUGGACGAGCAGGGUUUGCUACCGAGACGGUUAAAGCGAGCACCGGUGAAGGACACGGUCACGAUCCCGGACGGUGGCUAUACCAUCAUCCGGUUUAUCGCCAACAAUCCCGGCUACUGGUUGUUCCACUGUCACAUCGAGUUCCACGCCGAGAUUGGAAUGUCGCUGGUGCUGAAGGUGGGUGAUAGAUCGGAAAUGAUGGAUCGGCCGGCCAACUUCCCGACCUGCUAUGACUAUAAGCCCGAACUGGGUGACCUCGGUAGCGAUGCGACACGUCCGAGUCUAACGCUGGCCCGGAGUUCUUUGUUAAUGGCGUUACUGUGUGUGUUGAGUUGGAUGCGAUUGGUUGCCGAACUGUAAGCUGUCAGAAGAUAGAACACUGAUUUGUGAUAUAGAAACGCUUAGCAAGCGGACAUCAAGCGGACAAAAAAGAAGUCGUAGGCUGCAUUCGUCGCAUAGUAUUACCAUGUACAGCACUGUACAACUGGCCUUUGAUCCUUUGGAUAUCUGUUACAUUAUGACUCAUUUUCUAGUGUUUAGUACGCCUAGAGUUAAGUCCGCUGGCCCGCUGGCCCGCCCUUUAAACCACACUUCCAGACCUCACAGCGAACUGUACAAACCAUGAAGUGCUUUUAAAGAUAAGAAAUAAAGUCGAAGACAGAGUGAAUGAAAA